AGGUGGAGAGGGGCUGGCACCCCAGAAUGGGGGCCGACCCCGGUCCGGUCCAGCAUCCUGGGGCUCGGGCCGGCCCCGGAUGGAAGGUGCCCAGGCUGGGGAGCAGCUCUGCGCCCUCGCGCUUCCACCCGGCGUCUCUGCCAAGAGCCUGAAGACACCGGGCGAAGUCGCAGGCCCGCACGCGCCCGGCCGCAAGGCCAGAACGCGCCCCGCUUUCUGCGGAGGACGCGCAGGGUGGCCGGGCCGAGGGUCUGGCCGAGCCCUGGGGCAGGUGGGAGCCGCCCCUCAGGCCCGGGUCAGCGGGGAGGGGCCGCAGCCGGGGCGGGGACCGGGCCCACUUCCGCCCCGGCUGCUCCAGAACCAGAAAUGAAGCUUAGGAGCGGCCGGCGCCUGGGCCUGCGCGUCCGCCGCCGUCCGCGCGGGAGCCCGAGUUCCAGCAAGCAGGGCCCGAAGGGCAAAGGGACAGUUUCGCACAGAGGAACAGUGACAGCAGAGGCCAGAGAGACGCUGCCGCGGGCAGGGCUCUGGCCUUGCAUGCGGCCCAUCCUGGCUCGAUUCCUGCACCCCGUGUAGACCCUGAGCACAGGCCCGCGUGUUCUCCCGGCGCCCCGCCAUGGCCCAGGUGAACAUCAACAAGCUGCCGGAGAACAUCCUGCUGGAGGUGUUCACGCACGUGCCGGCCCGCCAGCUGCUGCUGCGCUGCCGGCCCGUCUGCAGCAGCUGGCGCGACCUCAUCGACGAGGUGACCCUGUGGAAGCGCAAGUGCCUGCGAGAGGGCUACGUCGUCAAGGAGGGCGACCAGCCCGUGACGGACUGGAAGGUCUUCUACUUCCUGUCCACCCUCCACCGGAAUCUCAUCAGCAACCCGUGCGCGGAAGAGGGGCUGGCGUCCUGGCAGAUCAACAUCAAUGGCGGUGACAAGUGGAAGGUGGAGACGCUGCCCGAGGAUGCAUUUCCCAACAACCAAGUCAAGAAGUUCUUCGUCACAUCCUAUCAGCUGUGCCUCAAGUCGCAGCUGGUGGACCUCAGAGCCAUGGGCUACUGGGAGGAGCUGCUGGACCAGUACCGGCCGGACAUUGUGGUGAAGGACUGGUUCGCGCCCCGAGCAGACUGCGGCUGCACCUACAGGCUGUGGGUGCACCUGACCUCGGCCGAAAACCUCACCCUGGCCUCCUUCGAGCACCCACCCGUCACCAUCCACCAGUGGAACGACGCCAAGUGGACAGAGGUCUCGCACACCUUCUCGGAUUACCCGCCCGGCGUGCGCCAUGUUCUCUUCCUGCACGGGGGCCGGGACACCCAGUUCUGGGCGGGCUGGUACGGGCCCCGCGUCACCAACAGCAGCGUCACCGUCAGCCCCAGGAAGGCCCUGAACCCGGCCCCGGAGGACAGUGCCCGCCCUGUCUGAGCUGCACAGACCUGCCGGGCGGCCCGUCCUCCGGCAGAGGUUCUGUCCUGUCCCCACGGGGGGCCCUGCCCGCGGCAGGCCAGUGCUCCGUGGUGCCCUGUUGCCCCUCCCGUGCCGACGUUUUGCUGCAAUAAAUAUUUUCACUAGAAACUGCC